CUCUCACUUUCAAUGACUGUCUAUGUUUAUGUUGAUAAUACACUGAUUUAGGUGGUUUCGAAGGAAGAAAUAAGAUUUAUUAUACAUUUUUUGGAGACACAAGAUAUUAGCCAUGACGGAGGUGAAUGGAUUUGGCGAUGCUGAGGAAAAGAAGCAGCAUCGCGUGAGUUUACCGUCUGAUUACUCAGAUGUUCAAUCCAAGUCGUAUGAUCCACAGUACAUCUCAGACAUUAGUAACAAGAUGCAGAUCCCAGACCGUAUAUCAGUGGGGGACUCCAACGGCUUACCAUAUCUCAACAAACAUCAAGCUCGACUCAGUGACAUGCAUGUACCAGACAGAAUCAUUGUAGCAGGAGAUGAACAACAUAUAGGAUUAAAGGAGGGAUUAAGGAACUUGGACUUGAACCCUGCAGCAAACUCGGAAUCUUUACAGUAUGUUGGUUUGAUGACACCACCCAGGACUCUGACUCUGGAAGAAAGAUUCCCCUUCGUGGAAGAUGAAGAGGUCAAACACAAUCAAAAAGUUAUGCAGAAAAAUGAUAUGAAUAACAGUCACUUGUACAGCUCGAUACCGGUUCCCUUCACUCCAGGUUAUUCCCCGAAUGACUCCAUCUUGUUAAAUGAAGAAGAUGAAGCAGUGGUUUUACGGACACACGUCGCUAAGCUAACCCGGCGCAUGGCUGUCUUGGAAAAAGACAACCAACGCCGUGCUACCAGAGAACUUUUACUCUACCCAGUAGUCAUGGGCUACUUUGCUCUGCGUUUAAUAUUCUGGAUCUUGAAGACCAAAUGAUAUAGAAAUAUUCUUAGAAUAAUGGAAAUUUGUGUAAAUAAUUUUAAGGCUGUGCUUUUUUUUGUUUUGAUUCCUUGAAAUCUAGCAUCAGUAAAUGACAUUUAAUGAAUUAAAGGGAGGAAGCCUUCAAAUUAAUUGUUUUGCCAGCGAUCAAGCUACCUUUUCUCACUUUUCAGAAGAAAAUCAGACUUUCAGUUUGUCUGCAAUUCCUAUACCUCUUACUGAUUUGAUUCUAAUGAAUUUUUAAAUCUCAAACUAGUCAAGUAUUUUAUUUUUGACCUCGAGGACCAUCUAGAGGUUUAUGAUUUUCGAGGUAUGACUUUCUCUGGGGAUCAAAUUGACUGCAAAAAACAAUUGUUCAGGCCACCACUUGACAAAUUAGGAAUGGCAUUUGCCAUGUUAUGAAUGUCAUUUGGCAUAUAUAUGAGAUCAUUAUGCAUGUUAAAAAUUUCAGCUGGCAUAUGUAUGAUGUCAGUUGGCAUAUUUACAAUAUCAACUGGCAAAUUUUCAAUAUAUUUUAAGUAUUAGUUAAUAUAUUUAAUUGACGAUUGUGCGUCUCAUGCUGCAGACACUUUUUUGUCUUGAAUUGGCAUUUUUACAGUGUCAAUUGACAUAAUAAAAAUGUCUUCAAGAUAAUCAUACACUCAAAAUUAAACCUCUAGAAACUUUCGGGAGAAACAUAGCAAUACUCCACCAAGUGCCCAUGAAAGAUUUUUGAAAUUGGGCACAAACUUUUCAAGGGUCAUUCCAUUUUUGGUGCCCAUGAAAGAACUUUGAAAUUGGGCACAAACUUUUCAAGGGUCCUCCCAUGUUUCUGAGCAGUAUUAGACCAGAAUUGAUAAUUUUAAGGGACACAAUUUAGGUGUAAAAUAGUUGUUCAUUUUUAAUUUGAUUGAUUUGCUGUGAAUAUUGCCUUACUUGUAUUUGAAUUUUGUCUGUAAAAUGAAAUAAUUAUCAUGAUAUAGCAUUCAGAGAGUU